GCGCCUCUGAUUUCUUGUUUCCUCGCCUGCUCGCCGAUUCAUCUCUCUGCAGCGCCAUCGCCCCCUGAUUCCUCCUCCUCCUCCUCCACAGUCUCCUGCUUGUUGCCAUUUGCACCUUGGAAUCGGAAGUCGGAUCGGGCGCCAACGCUUGUGCCGCACUUGCUCCUGCCACCAUGGCAGAAGAGCAGUAUGCGCAUCCUGGGAUAUGCCUGUUUACUGUUCUGUUCAAGUUUUCAGCACUCGUGUUUUACAUUCUGUGCUCCAUAUUUAUUCAGAGCUUCGUGAUUCAAUUUGUCGUCACGGUUUUCUUGAUAGCGUUGGAUUUCUGGACUGUCAAGAAUGUUAGUGGUCGAAUAUUGGUGGGACUGCGGUGGUGGAACGAAGUGGAUGAGCAAGGUCAAAGUGUGUGGCACUUUGAGUCCCUGGACCAGCAGACUUUAGAGACAUUGAACAAGAAGGAUGCUUGGCUGUUUUGGUGGACGUUGUAUCUCACACCUAUGGUGUGGGUGGCGCUUGGUAUAGUUGCUGUGAUCAAGUUCAACUUUGAUUACUUACUUGUAGUUGGCGUUGCCAUAAUCCUGAAUGCAGCCAACAUAGUCGGAUUCACUAAAUGUCGAAAAGAUGCGAAGAAACAGAUCCAGCAAUUUGCGGCCUCAACUUUGACCUCUCGAAUGAGCAAUACAAUCCAAUCAGCCUUCAUGUCAAGCGUUUAGUUGUUUAUGACUAAACCCGAAGUCCGUGCAUGUGCGUUCCAGGGAAGAUACUGCAGGCUCAUUCAGUAGUUUAGUCCAGGAAGUAGAUAUUUCUUACUUGCCAGUUCACUUUAGGCCUUGCAUUGAACUUUAUGGACAGUAUUAGUGGGCACAACUUUUCAAGUGGUUGGUGGUACGAAGUAUGAAGAGUAGCUCAGUGGGGAACAUCUGUAAUGAAAACGUGAGAAUUUGAGCGUAUUUCAAUACAUUGGUAGGGUAUUUGUACAAAAAACUUUCUGUAUUGAUAAGUUCAAUUUGACGAUCAUAGGUGGUAUACCUGCCGAUCCCUAAAUUAUGACCAUCUAACUUUUCUGGCA